CGGUAUUCAUUUAGGUCCAGGAGUUUAACGCCGUUUAAACGCAGGACUUUUAUUUUCUCCGUGACGCGUGUCUUGGAGUCUCCUGCUUCCUCGUGUGUUUAACGUUUAGCUGCAGGCUGGGGCCUGGUUUUUGGAGCAUAUUUGCAUUUCUGCUUGUUUUUAUCAUCGUUUGCGGGAAAGAGCUGGACCUGAGAACUCUUUGGCGUCUCCUCCACACCUCGCGGCGUCUGUUUUUUCUCUCUUGUUAGCUAAUCGAGCUAGUAAUAGCUUUAGCUGGGUUCAUGUUUUGGGCUUCCUUUGUCGCACUGACGUUUGUUCUUCUUUCAGGUUCACUCGUUUAACGAAAAAAAAAAAAAAAAACCACCCAGACCUUUCAUUCAAUUAGCUCGUUUUAUCAUAGCUUUGUCCUGAUUUAGCUUGUUGCUAGUUGCACGUUUAAAUCGGUUGUUGUUGUUUGGGUGUCCUUUUUUCCCCCCUCUCCCUCCCGUGCGAUUGUUUGCGCUAAUGCGAAUAUGCUAACUAGCUAGCUCGGGCUGUUUUGUUUAUUGUGUUGAAUGACAACAGUCGUAAAUGUUCUCCCACACCGCGGCGUUGUUGUCGCACUUCCGGGUUGUAUAUUUCGUUCUGCCAAUUUCCGAAAUCAAUUUUUGAAUUAAAAGUGGGAGGAAAAGAGAGAAAGCAGCCCCCGUCCAUUAGUAAUCGCGUCGCCCUGACCUGCAGUUGUUUUGCUCCGCCUGCGUCACGCGAAUUCGAAUUUAUUUUGCUACGAAUUUACGCGAAUUCCGACUGCACACGAGAUGUUCCGCUUUCUGGACGAUGUCGAUGACAAUCCGUACAUCAUGGACCCAUUCGCAGCACAUCGUCGCCAGAUGAGGAGCGUGUUUGGGUCGUUCGGGUUCGAACCGUUUCCCCUGACUCCCCAGAUCCAGUCGGCCCGAACUCCCAUGCAAGUACAGCCUCAGACUGGUGCUUUGGCUCCCUUCGGUAUGAUGGGAAUGGGAGGAGGAUUCAUGGAUAUGUUCGGAAUGAUGAACAGCAUGAUGGAGAACAUGGAUAGGUUCUCCGGUUCUCCAUCAUGUCAGUCGUUCUCCUCCUCCACAGUCAUCUCGUAUAGCAGUGACUCCGGAGCCCCGAAAGUGUACCAGCAAACCAGAGAAAUCAGAACAGCACCUGGAGGGAUCAGAGAGACGCGUCAAUCGUUGCGUGACAGUGAGAGCGGAAUGGAGCGGAUGUCCAUUGGCCACCAUAUCGGAGAUCGAGCUCACGUGAUGGAACGCUCCAGAAACGCACACACUGGGGAUCACGAGCACCGACAAGACUUUAUCAACCUUGAAGAAAGUGAAGCUGAAGCUUUUGAUGAAGAAUUCAGGAGGGGGGUGGGGCGCUACAUGAGUCCUAAUGCCCGUGGCCUGGAUUAUGGACGGAGCCGAAGGACAGCGGCAGGACAACUGGCCUUACCUGCUCCACCGAACUCCAACCCCUCAUCCUCUCCUCGACCCCCCCACCGCCCCCGCUAUGACUGGUGAAGAAACCAAGCAGAUGAGCCUCAUGAUCUACCUGAUGAUGUGAAGAAGAUUGUUUAGGAAACCAUGGUCCUCUGUGUGUGUGUGUGUGUGUGUGUGUGUGUGUGUGUGUGUGUGUGUGUAAACACUGCAGGACUGACACUGUACAGUAUAAAUAGCUGGGUCCAAAAAUCCGAGUGCACUCCUCUCUGCUAUAUAGGCCACAUCACAAAAGUCUCACCUAUGGACGUGUACACCCUAAUGACUACAUGGGUCAUGGGGCAUUAUGGGGUACAAUUCCCGGACUCUGUCCUGUUGUAGGGCAUUGUGGGAACUCCUGUGUGUGCGUGUGCUCUUGAUAUGCUUUGACAAAAUAGUGGACUCCAAAGAUAGUUAAAAAAAAAAAAAAAAAAAAGUUGUGAUUUAGGACAUGCCGUGAGUGUUAUUAGUAGUAUUGAAAUUGCAUUCAUGUUUGCUUGGUAGUGCACUCUGAAAUUUUGGACGCUAUGUACAUGCAUGCACACACACACACUUCAACAUUCAAAGUCCAUUCCUAUGCUUCCAACUCUUAAAUAUUAAAAAUGUGUAAUUUAUAUACUGCUACACACCAGGCAUGUGCCGAUAUUAAACAUUUCAUAUAACCAGAAUAGGUCUGAAGUUCUGUUGUAGUUAACGUUAAAAAGAAUUGAUUCAUCUCACGCCUGUUCUAAAAUGGACCCACAGUUCACAUGCUCCGAAAUAAGGACUAUUAUACGCCAGCUGUCCUCGUGCAGCACUGCGACCGAGACGUGCAGAACGAGCCUCACCUUCUGACUGGAUUUUAUGUCAGCAGUGUUGAAUACCGCGGCAUGUUGCACCCUUAGUCAUCGGCACAUGCCUACUACACACACACUGUACAGUUCAUUAAUGUCUGUGUUGUUGACGCUAUGCUAAUCUGUGAUUUGAGCUGUACACUGUUGACUAGUUACACUUAUUAAUAAAUAAAUUAAAGUUG